AUGCAGCGUGAAGAAGAAGUUCAAGAACUGUAUGAAGGGCCGCCUCCCAAGCGACACAAAAAUUUUUCCGAAGAAACGGACUUAAAUUUCAGGCCUGCAUGCAAAAUAUGUUUUUUGCUGCGAAUGGCUGCUGAUCUCAGCGAAGCGCUUAUGUUAUUAGAGAUCAAGUUAUACAAUCAACGUCAUGGUGGUAUAUCUAACCAGAUGGAAUGGAAAUGUGGCAUGGACUACGAUAAAUUGAUGGGCGAUUUUCAAACCCGUGAAUUUAACUUACCGAACUGCGAGCACACAACAUACGAAAUUGAAAGAAUCGAGUUUUGUUUAAAUUUAUCUAAUUAUAUACGUUCAGUAGAGAAUGAUGAAUAG